GGCAGAACCGGGGCGCCGCCAUGUCAUUGGUGGAUAGUGCUGCAGUGUUUGAAGGAAGGGCCCGUGUGAUCGGGUUGCCUGAUGCCACCAUAACUGCAAUGGGAUUGAGAGGAUGGACAACCCAUGCCACCUUUGCCUUCUCAGUGGCUACGCAACCGGGGGUGGACGAACAGGUAGCCGCCUUGCGAAAGCGCAAGCCUGCUGCCAACCUUGACAAUGAGUGUCAGCAGUCUGGAUUGACAUCAAAGCGAAAGCGCUUGGAUGACGGUCCACAAGGAUCCGAAGGGAUUCAAGACCUUUUUCAGAGCAUCGACGUGACAGCUAUGUCGAGCAGCUUCAUAGGGGCUCAUCAAGUUGACGCCCCUGACGUUUUGCAUGAGGAAGCUCAGCGGAACAGGGCACGUGAGAUUCCUCUGCCAAAGAAGUUGAGGUGGCGAUGUGGUAUGCAACCAGACGAACAAACGGAGCAGCUUCAGAAGAUGGGGUCAGGCACCCAACCUAGAGGAGGACGCUCACCUGUCCUCAUGGCAGAGUUCCAGUUUAAAGUGGAUAUCACAACCUUUGAUGUGGCACCACCGCAAUGCAUUGCAGAGGACUCUCCACCUCCUUUUCAAGGAAUUCCAGUGGGGGCCAAACUGAUUUCUUCUCGAAAUUUUUCUGAAGUGGGGAAAGAGGGCGAGAAGAAGGAAGGGCUGAAAGCCACCUAUGGUGUUUUUUCGUCCCCAUGGGAUUUUUUGAGGCGUGCGUUGGCAGUUGAACACCCCUUGGACACCCCACAGCUUGUGGACAAGAGCAACUUGCGUGCGAUUGUUUUUCUCAGGGACCACAGCGUGGCUGAUGUGAAGGCGUUUAGGGCCAAGCAGCUAAGGCGUUUUGUUGAGAGAGCUGAAUUUCUGAAAACGGAGGAGGAAGCCUUAAAGGCAACCUUGGAUGGAGACGUCAGGGCAGCCUUGGCCCCAAAGCGCUUGCUCCUGUUCAAGGAGAUGAUGGAGGAGGCUGGUGUCGGCGACAAAGGUUAUCAAUACUGCAAGGACAUUCCUAGGUUCAAACCUUUUGGAAGUAAACGGCGACUUCGCAGAAGCUUGGGGGAGUCCUGGUCUGAGUGCUUUCCAAGGCCCUUGGAGAAGUUUGCAAGGAACAAAGGUUUCAAGCGCAAACAACAGACGUGUUGCCGACUCCCCAAUUCAGUCAAUGAAAAAGAGUGA